AUGACAAAUUUAACUUCAAUUGAUCUUUUACUACCUGAAUUUGUAUCUUUACCACGUUGGUUACUCAUUCCUUUUAUAAUGGUAUCAAUAAUUGAAAGUAUUAUUGGUAUUCUUGGAAAUGUUCUCGUGAUAUUUAUUUUAUUAUUCUUUGGUAAAUCAAAUACACUUCAAGCAUCACACAAUUGUUUUAUUAUUAACUUAGCCUUAAGUGAUUUUGUUUUAUGUUUAUUUACAAUGCCUUUGAACACUUAUCGAAGUUUAUAUAUUUAUAUGACAUUUCCACCAGCAUUUUGUAAAUUAGCGGAUAGUUUUCCAGCUAUAAAUAUAUGUGUAUCAUCAUUAACUAUUGUCGCAAUAUCAAUAUAUCGUUAUUUAUUAGUUUAUUACCCGCAUAAACAAUCAAUUGGAAUACUUUCAACAUGUAUUAUUAUGGUUUCUAUAUGGUUGUUAGCUAUUGGUGCAGCUAGUCCACUUUUUAUUUAUUCUCGUUCAAUACCAGCUUAUGAUGAACCUUUAAUUGAUACAUUAGUUAAAGAUAUUUGUAGUGAAUCAUUAGAUAGUUCCUGUGAAACAAAAUAUUCAAUAGCAUAUAAACGUUUACAUGUUUGUCAUGAAUCAUGGCCUAACCAUAGUGGAUUACAUCUUUUGUAUACAAUAUUUAUGCUUUUUCUUCAAUUUAUUCUUCCAAUUUUUAUUAUUUGUAUUACUUAUUAUCAAAUUAUGGUCAAAUUAAGAGAACGUAAAUAA